GGAGUUGGAAGCUUCGACUUACAGAAUCGCACUUAGAAUCUAUUUUUGUAAUCUUUUUGUGUUGUGUAUGUUUUGUAAUAUUGUGAUAUGUUCCCAAGGAGAAUAAAAAUUUUAUUUUGAAAUCAUCCCAGAAAAAACAUCAAAAUAAUGUUGGAGUGAGGCAAUAAUCAAAUAUUGGGCGAUACAUUUCACAAAUUAUGCCAGAAGCAAUGAAACCUUAGUAAAUGAUUGUUUAUCAACACAUAUUAUACACUGACAGCAAAAGAUGGACUCACUAUUCAGUUUAUUCGACCCCAGUUCCUGCAGCGACUGCAGCAGUGAGGGAUUCUCACUGGAUAAUGUAAAUAAUCAAAACUCCUUACCCCCUGAACCACAACUUGGAAAUGUUGAAUACAAAUUGAAAAUUGUCAACCCUACAAAGCAAAGGUUCGAACAUCUAGUUACCCAGUUGAAAUGGCGUCUAAGAGAGGGCAACGGAGAAGCUAUCUAUGAAAUUGGUGUGGAAGACAGUGGAAUUCUGACAGGCUUAACAAAACGUGACAUGAAUGCCAGCCUUCAAACUCUUCAACAGAUGGCAAUCAAACUUGGAGCUACAACGACAAUUUUAAGAGAAAGAAUGCUAGACAACGGCUGCAGUGUUGCUGAAGUACUUGUUAGGAAGGUACCUGAUGAUCAGAACAACAUUGAAAUUAGAGUUGCUGUCCUGGGAAAUGCAGACGCCGGGAAAUCUACUCUUCUAGGAGUUCUGACACAAGGGAGUCUUGAUAAUGGCAGAGGAAGAGCUAGGCUAAAUAUGUUUCGACAUCUACAUGAGAUUCAAAGUGGGAGAACUUCUUCCAUCUCACAUGAGAUUCUUGGAUUUAACUCUCAGGGACAGCCAGUAAACUACAGCUCCAGUGAACUGAUAACAGCGGAAGAAAUAUGUGAUACUUCAACCAAAUUGGUUACAUUCUUAGAUCUGGCGGGUCAUAAGAAGUACAUCAGAACAACAAUUCAGGGCCUUUCUGGAUAUUCUCCUCAUCAUGCUAUGCUUGUUAUCUCAAGCACAGCUGGCGCAGUCGGAAUGGCACACGAGCAUCUCACGAUUGCUGUAGCACUGAAUGUACCUUUCUUCAUAGUUAUAACAAAAACAGAUCUAGUUGAGCCGGCCAGUACCUUACAGAGCUUGGAAUCCUUCCUGAAGCAAGUUGGUAGCUGCAGAGUGCCUCUAGUCAUAAAAAAUCUGGAUGACGUCAUCACCGCUGGAGCAAAUCAGUUAACCGAAAACGUCGUGCCUAUCUUCUGUGUUUCCAGCGUUAAUGGCGAAGGAUUGGAUCUGCUCUUCAGGUUUCUUCAUGUACUACCACCAGGCAUUAGUGCCAAGGAGAAAGAAAGACUCGAACAGGAAAUGCCGGAGUUCCACAUUGAUGAAAACUUCAAAACUGGCGAUGUUGGACAAAUACUCGGUGGGUUAUUGAUAAAAGGUGUUAUAACUGAAGGCACAAAGAUGAAAGUAGGACCAAUGAAGGACGGAACGUUUCAAACGGUUGCUAUAAAGUCUAUACAUCGAAACCGUGUUCCUUGCAGGAUGGUGCGUGCAGGUCAAAGUGCCGCAAUAUGCCUGGACACCAACAUCCCUGGCCUUCGCAAUGGCAUGGUGCUCCUCUCCAACGAGCAAGCCGCUUCCAGUUGCCUCUACUUCCAAGCCAGCGUGUCUGUCCUCUUCCACGCGACAGCCAUAUACCCAGGCUUCCAGACGACGGUACACAUCGGUAACAUACGUCAGACGGCAGUUGUAAUCGGCAUUUGCGCUUCGAGGUGCAUCCAUACCAAUGAGAGAGAUUCGAUACUGUUCAAGUUCAAGGUGCAUCCAGAGUAUGUCACUGUCGGUCAAAGGCUGCUGUUUAGAGAAGGCGCCGCGAAAGGUAUUGGAGAGGUGACUCAGGUUUUUCCACUUUCUGUUACGCCAUAAUGAGAUGUAUUGACCAGUUGCUAGAGUCAGUCCAUGUUGGUUAGACGUGGAAAAAACCUCAUUCGUGGGAGAAAUUUUCCGACACGAUUUUUUCUUCAUACACACCUUUUUUGAAUGCCUCUUAACGUGAGCUAAUACUAAUAACUCGGUACAAGCUUUAACAAUUCUCAAGUAAAUUAAAAAAAAAUGUUUUCGCCCCGGAUGAAGCUUUUCUUUAGAUUUUUCGGAUCGGGUCAUCAGAAAUUGUUGUCUAAAGUUGCCCGCUUUCGAGUUAUAAGGAAAACUUGGUUGAAGUUUAUUGAGGUUGCUGAGUGCCUAAAGUUCAAACCUUUUCUUACAAGACCUCGAAGAGUAUGUUAAGCUUAGUUUUUUUUAAAUGAUUGUCAUUUAAUUAUCAACAACGCGCUGUGUGCCAUCCUAGCAUCUUCUUAAGAGUUGAAUAACAAUGCUUCAAGAUACCCUAAGCCAAACAUACCAAUUCCUAACAGUUUUUGAAGAAUGAAAAUGGUAAUUUAUAGGUCUUUUUCAGAGUUCCAAUCGUUUAUAACUUAAAAACCGUCAAUUUUACAGAAACUUCGAGGAUCUUUUUUUUAAAAAAAGGGAGGGAAAACAUUUUUUAUAAUUUUAAAAAAAUGCUAAACGUAUUUGCACCGGACCUCUUGAUCCAUGUUAAGGGGCCUUCAAUAAAUCUGAAAAAAAAACAAUUAUAUAAUUUCUUUCACGAAUACGAGGUUCUUGCCUGGUCAAGUUCAACGUUUUUGCUUUUCAUUGUUCCGAGGGUUCAUUUAUGGUAUAUGGCAUAGUCACGGUUUGUGAGUAUGGAAACCAGCCGAAUCUUGCCUAACAGAUUGCUUCUAUUUUAGGAUAUCAAAACUCUUUUCAACUGAUAUUUUCCAUCGAAUUCUUACUCGUUUUGAUAUUAUUGUUGAAGGAAACUGUAUACCCAUCAGCUUGGCGAUCUUUUCCGACAUUUUCCAUAUAUGAUAUGACUAAUAUUAAUUCUUUUGAUGUUGUUUUACGGUACGGAUGCAGAACUAGAUUUUACACUCAAUAUUAUUUAUACACAGCAGUAUUAUUGUAUAUUGAGUGCUAAAUGUCAAUGCUGUCAUGUAUCGUGUACCAUUUGAUUCAUUUACGUUUUGCUUCUUUAAAAUACAUUGUCUGUCACAAAGCUGAUAUUUACUAAAAAAUAUGUCCAUGCAAUGAAAUAUCUCCUGCAUUACAAUAACUCCUGCAAAAGCUUAAAUGCUUUUGACUAAUACAUAUUUAUAGUAAACGGAUAAUACCAAAAACACAAAAAAUUGUCUGUGUUAUUUAAGUAGCUACUAGCCACUACCGCAUUUGAGCUGAAACUUCUCAGAAAUAUUACUCCACUUUAUCCACGUUUCGAGAUUCAACAUCAUGGUGUUAAAAAUGAUCACUUGAUACACACGAUGUACCUCUUCUAGGAAGACCAAAGAGGUUCUUUUUUGCAACAAAUAUUAUGUAUUAAAACUGCGGGGACUAGAGCUCCUUCCUUAAUAUUCUAUCUUUGUUUAGCUUUUGAUUUGACACUUUGAAUUGACUCUAGCAAGGUUACUUUUGUUAUUGUACUUGUUGCUAAUAAAAUUUUAUAAAACUGUUACAGUCUUUCCAGAAUAUGUGAUGCAUCUCAGAAUUAAAAAAAGUGGGAUAAGUAUUAUUAUGCCGACUGAGGUAACAGUCAUUAUGCAUGUAUAACAUGACAAAUUUGUACUAUUGUAAAAAUGUAUUUAACAUGAAUGCCCAUACUGGGUAUUAACAAGAAGGCUCUCUUAAUCCCAGUGUAGAUACGUUUUCCAAACUUCUUAUUUAAAUGAAUGUAAUAUAGGACCUCCCCUUUAACAAGAAGUGAGCUCUAUAUUGUGUAUCAUUCAUUAGCAUAUUCUACCGAAAAAUGGUCAAAAAUUAUACCAGAUAAAAUGAGAUACCAUGAUACUAUGAAUUUUUCACAGCUAUGUCUGUACUUGAAAUUAAUGUGCACCAGUGGUGGAGGUACAGGGGAAUAGUGGCAUUAUUUUUCAAAAAAAAAAAAUAGUAUUCCACCUAACAAUUUGCUACAAAUAAUAACUCGUUUUUUUUUUUAGAGUGCACUGUUUUUAAUUGCUAUAGGCAAGGAGAAUCUCAUUUUCCUUGAGAUAAUUUACGUUACGUUCUUCAGGUAGAUUUCGUUAAUUAGUUAUUAUGAUGAAUUUGGUAUCUUUGAGAGCAGCGUUAGAAAGCCAUGUGCAACCCAGUAUGUGCCCUAAAUGAUGCUCCUAUACGUUAAAGAUCGUGAAACCAGAGGCAAGCUUUUUUUCAAAUGCCAUACCUAAUUGGGCAAUCUGUGCCAAUCAUCAUGGCAUUUUGAAACCUUGAAAAUAAUAUUCCAACAUAAAAGAAAUUUGCACUUUCAUUGAUAUAUUAUGCAGUCAUCCGAAUUUCAUGAUCUUGAGCUUAAAUCAAUGGCAAUCAAGCAGAAUUGCUACUGCAAUGAUGAUUUUAAAAAUACAAAUGAUUUUUUAAUGUUAAGUUAUUUAUUUGAAAAAAUAUAUAUUUUAUUAUUUCUGAUGUACCUGGUGAUGCACAGUCAUACAGACUAUUAGAAUUUUCACAACAACGCUGAAAACAUGAUAUUCAACAUUAAAAACUGUAAAAGACUAGGAUUUAAUUACGUUCAGUGCUUUUCAAAAAUGCCUCUCUAGUUAUCAAAACGCUACAGUAUGUUAUAUCAAUCUGCUUCUCGUGGAAAGGUCUAUUGUAUAGAGCCUUCAGACUCUUUUCGAAUAUAUAAUAAAAUACGUUCCUUCAAAAGAAAACUGUCAAUAGCCUGGAAUUUUUUUUAAAUAGGAUGUCCACAUUCUGAUAGAUUCUUUCAAAAAAUCAGAGUAAUAUAACAUGCUAUAACGUGUUCAUGAUUACUAUAAAAACGCUCAACUUUGACAGCCUGCCAGUCCGCCAUUUCGAAAUAUAGCGAUUUGAUAUUCCAGGAUUAGAUGCUUCAAAAUAAGGUAUCUCAUUUUCUCAACUGUUAUUUUUACGUUGAAAUGUAUUCAUGCGCAAGUUUCAUCAUCCCGACUUUCAGCUCCCUUGACUCUUUCAAAAAUUAACUAGGGAGGAACCUUUCUGGAAAACGCUGUGUGUGAAGUGCAAUCGUAUGGGCUCAAAUGGUUUUUGUACCAAACUGUACGGUAAAAAUUCAAUGGGUAAUUCCCUGAACCUGUUCUAUACCUAUUUAGCAUGUUGAUUCUCAUUGAGAUCCGCCUGGCCCCACUUAUUCAGGUCAAAUAAGCAAUAGACUGAACUGUCUCAGAACGUGUCAGAAAGGAUCAAUCAUUUUUAAUGCGUUACUAUUUUUGUAUUGGAGUUCGAGUUGAUUUAACUUAUUUUUUUACAAUUCGCGUGGUAGUCUUUGUUUUAACAUACCUGUGAUUUUUAUUUUUAGAAACCAGUAGUACACUUUCAGAGUAUUAGUAUAACUAUAAUAGUCAUGUAAGUAAAUAUUUUGGAGUACAUUGAAAAUAAAAGUUUCGUUAUGAUGUGUA